AUGAAGAUGAUGCCCAAGGUCGGAGUAUCUACAAAUGGAAUUUUUGAUUUGAGUGAUGUGAAAAACAAAAUUCUCCAAUGGAAAACUCAAAAAAUAUCCGCUCUUUGUCCGUCAAAUGGGGUUAGAUUGCAAAAUUUACUUAACCUUGCUUGUAGCACCGCACAACCUACCAAUGUAACCCUACGUGAUGCUUGUAUAGCAUGCUUUUCCAGAGUUACUUCAAUGCCAGAGGGACCCCAAGAGUUAAAUGCUUUAAGCGUUUGUGCUGUGCAAUAUUUUACGAAUACAUCAUAUGCAACUUGUGCAUCAAAUUUAAUGGCAUUGUCAACGUCAGCUUUAAACGUUCAGCCUUCAGGUUGUUAUAUGGGAUAUUGUGAUUUUGCACGAUGCUUAAGAAGAAUUAAUUCUAUAAAUUUGAUAACUCAAUGCACGAGAGAAAGUAGAACUGGUGUAAAUAUAACAAUUGAUAGCAAUAACGUAAGAUUUUACACAAAUGUAACUUCGUGCAUUCUUGCUAAAUCAAGAUGUGGUACAUUUAAUCCUAUUACUGGAGAUCCACAAACACCAGGAUAUACUUCGUCAGGAUUAAGACUCAGUAAUGCUCUUCAGUUUUCCGAAACUGGUGAACUUAGAAUAUUAGCAUUUUCGACGGCAACACCUGUUUCCACUUCAUUUUGCUCAACUUCAACAAAUUUAACUCAAACAAAUUGGCUUACAAAUAUAUGUUAAUAUA